AUGAAACGCCGUCCUGGUGUCUGUCCGUCUCUGGUGUCCCUUGUCCCGGCUGGGUGGGCUCCAGGAGGAGCUGGAGGGCUGGAGUACAGCGACGUGCUGCCCGACUCCUUCCCCUCGGCCCCGGCGGAGACCCUCCCUCACUUUCUGCUGGAGCCGCAGGACGCCUAUAUCGUGAAGAACAAGCCGGUGGAGCUCGUCUGCCGCGCCACACCCGCCACCCAGAUCUACUUCAAGUGCAACGGGGAGUGGGUCAACCAGAACGACCACGUCACCAAGGAGAGCCUGGACGAGGUCACUGGGAUGCUGGUGCGGGAGGUGCAGAUCGAGGUCUCCCGGCAGCAGGUGGAGGAACUCUUCGGCUUAGAAGAUUACUGGUGCCAGUGCGUGGCCUGGAGCUCCGCAGGCACCACGAAGAGCCGCAGGGCGUACGUCCGCAUAGCCUACCUGCGGAAGAACUUUGACCAGGAGCCGCUGGGCAAGGAGGUCCCGCUGGAGCACGAGGUCCUGCUGCAGUGCCGCCCACCCGAGGGGGUGCCGCAGGCGGAGGUGGAGUGGCUGAGGAACGAGGAUGUCAUCGAUCCCACCCAGGACACCAACUUCCUGAUCACCAUCGAUCACAACCUCAUCAUCAAGCAGGCCCGUCUCUUGGACACUGCUAAUUACACCUGCAUGGCCAAGAACAUCGUGGCCAAGCGCCGGAGCACCACGGCUGCCGUUAUCGUCUACGUGAACGGUGGCUGGUCCACCUGGUCCGAGUGGUCUCCUUGCAACAACCGCUGUGGCCGGGGCUGGCAGAAGCGCACCCGGACGUGCACCAACCCUGCGCCGCUGAACGGCGGCUCCUUCUGCGAUGGGCAGCCUUUCCAGAAAAUCACCUGCACCACCCUCUGCCCAGUGGACGGCGCGUGGACCGAGUGGAGCAAGUGGUCGGCGUGCAGCACGGAAUGCACCCGCUGGCGCAGCCGCGAGUGUGCCGCCCCGGCCCCCCGCAACGGCGGCAAGGACUGCAAUAAAAGAGUUCUAAGCGAACCCAAAAGCCACCUGCUGGAGGCCACAGGUGACGUGGCCCUGUACGCCGGGCUGGUGGUGGCCAUUUUCGUCUUCAUCGUGAUCCUCAUGGCUGUGGGGGUGGUGGUGUACCGGAGGAGACGCCGGGAUUUUGACACGGACAUCACAGACUCAUCAGCCGCUCUGACCGGAGGCUUCCACCCCGUCAACUUCAAGACCUCCCGGCAUGACAACCCUCAGCUGCUGCACCCCUCGAUGCAGCCGGACCUGACGGCCAGCGCAGGGGUGUACCGGGGCCCCAUGUACGCCCUGCAGGACUCCUCCGACAAGAUCCCCAUGACCAACUCCCCCCUGCUUGCCCCCCUCCCCAACCUCAAGAUCAAGGUGUACAACUCCUCCACCGCCUCCUCCUCGCCGGGGCUCCACGAGGGGACGGAUCUGCUCGGGGGAGGGGUCCCUGCCACCGGCACCUACCCGGGGGACACCACCAGGGACGGCCACUUCGCGAACAUGCGGAGCAAAGCCCUGGGCUCCCAGCAUCUCCUCAACUCGCCCCGGGAACAUGGCAACAGCGCCAGUGGCACGUUUGGCUACCUGGGGGGAAGGCUCACCAUCCCGGGCACUGGGGUGAGCCUGCUGGUGCCCCACGGGGCCAUCCCCCAGGGGAAGUUCUACGAGAUGUACCUGGUCCUCAACAAGGCAGAGAGCGCCCUCCUGCCCUCCGAAGGCACGCAGACGGUGCUGAGCCCGGCGGUGACCUGCGGACCCACUGGCUUGCUCCUGUGCCGCCCCGUCGUCCUGACCAUCCCCCACUGCGCCGAUGUCGGCUCCUCGGAUUGGAUUUACCAGCUGAAAACGCAGUCCCACCAGGGAAACUGGGAGGAAGUUGUGACCCUGGAUGAGGAGACCCUCAACACUCCCUGCUACUGCCAGCUGGAAGCCAAGUCCUGCCACGUUCUGCUGGACCAGCUCGGCACCUACGUCUUCGUGGGAGAGUCCUACUCCAGGUCAGCCAUCAAGAGGCUCCAGCUGGCCAUCUUUGCCCCCACCGUUUGCACUUCCCUGGAGUACAGCCUCAAGGUCUACUGCUUGGAGGACACGCCGGAUGCUCUGAAGGAGCUGGAGCUGGAGCGGACGCUGGGCGGGUACCUGCUGGAGGAGCCCAAGCCCCUGCCCUUCAAGGACAGCUACCACAACCUGCGGCUCUCCAUCCACGACAUCCCCCACGCGCUGUGGAGGAGCAAGCUGCUGGCCAAGUACCAGGAAAUCCCCUUCUAUCACAUCGGGAGUGGCAGCCAGCGAGCCCUGCACUGCACCUUCACGCUGGAGAGGUACAGCCAGGCCUCCACCGAGCUCACCUGCAAGAUCUGCGUCCGGCAGGUGGAAGGGGAAGGGCAGAUCUUCCAGCUCCAAGGGGUUUCACGGUAUCUGAACUACUUCGCCACCAAAGCCAGCCCCACCGGGGUGCUCCUGGACUUGUGGGAAGCCGAGCACCAAGACGAUGGCGAUCUCAACACCCUGGCCAGUGCCUUAGAAGAGAUGGGCAAGAGCGAGAUGCUGGUGGUCAUGGCCACGGAGGGCGACUGCUGA